AUGGUAGGCGCGGCGGCGGUGGCGAGUGGGCGAGCGGGACGCGCGCUCGCGUUAUCUGGAGACGGCGGGUCUGGUGCGAAUGGCGGGGACGGUUACGGUGGCGAAGGCGGUGGAUCCUCGAGUUUCGAUCACGAUAAAUCCAAUUACGUCGGAGUGAGUGGACGUGGUGAACUGACGUUGGAAGAGGUGGUGAUGUUGGACGUGCACGGAAUGCACUGCGGGAGCUGCGCCGCUCGAGUGCGGAAAAUAUUAGAGGGACACGGCGACGUUCGUACGGCGUCGGUGAACUUAGCGAAUGAGUCCGCGGUGGUGCGAGUUACCUUGGACGUGCCCCAAGUCGCGGGUAGUGACUUUGAAAACGCGAUCAAAGAAGCCGCUAAGCUGGUCGGUACAAAGUUGGCAGCCCUUGUCACCGCCGCUGGAUUCCCGACGUCGCUUCGAGACGCCGGCGGUGUCGCGGUCGCGGGCGUUACGGGAGCGGAAGCCGCGAGAAUUAAGCGAGAAGAGCGAUUGAAACGAAUCAAAGAGAGUACUCAGCGCGUGAUCGUCGCCUGGGCGCUCGCAAGCGCAUGCUUGUUGGGACAUCUUUCGCACUUUUUCCACUCCAGCGCGCCGUGGCUCAGAGUCUUACACAGCAAUCCGGUGCACAUUACGCUUUCGAUCUUUGCGAUGGCUGGACCUGGUCGACAGAUUUUGGUUGACGGUUGGCAAAGCUUACGAAGAGGCGGUCCGAACAUGAAUACGCUUGUUUCGCUUGGAGCGAUUGCGUCGUUUUCCAUGAGUACAGCAGCAAUGUUGCUUCCCUCGUUGGGUUGGCCAACAUUCUUCGAAGAGCCCGUUAUGUUGCUCGCGUUUGUACUACUCGGGCGUGCAGUCGAAGAACGAGCCAAGCUUCAGGCGACGAGUGAUAUGUCUGCGCUUUUGAACCUGGUGCCGGAGACUGCACGCUUGGUAUCGACGACUGGUUCGGCGGACAGCGACCAACCAUACUAUCGUACCGUUCCGACUUCUGUGAUCGGUCCCAAGGACAAAAUUAUCGUGUUACCGGGAGAUCGAAUUCCCAUCGAUGGUACCGUUGUGAGCGGAUGUAGCACCGUAGAUGAGGCCGCCAUCACGGGUGAGCCCAUCCCGCGGCCGAAAUCGAUGGGAGACUCCGUCUCCGCAGGAACGGUCAACUGCGACGGUGUACUCACGAUUGAAGUCGUGUCUUCGGGAGACGAAACACAAGUUGCCGGUAUCGUUCGCAUGGUUGAAUCUGCACAGCAACGCGAAGCGCCGGUACAACGACUUGCGGAUCAAGUCUCAGGGAAAUUUGUUUACGGAGUGAUGGCGGCGAGCGCAGUCACCUUCACAUUUUGGAGCACAGUGGGCACGAAGCUAUUUCCGAGCGUGCUUGCGACCGCAGCCACGGCCGCUAACGCUCCGAUAUUAAUUGCUCUUCAAAUGACGGCGUCUGUUCUCGUCGUAGCGUGUCCGUGUGCCCUCGGAUUGGCGACACCGACAGCGGUACUCGUCGGCACUAGCGUGGGCGCUCGCCACGGCCUCCUGAUUCGUGGGGGAGAUAUUUUAGAGAAAGCGAGCUCUUUGGACACUGUCAUUUUCGAUAAGACCGGCACGCUGACAAUUGGGAAGCCAGUGUUGACGGAUACGCGAGCGGUGGCGGGCUUUAACGACGACGAAAUUAUCGCGCUUGCUGGAGCGGUUGAGAGAAACUGCCGCCAUCCUUUAGCUUUGGCGAUAAGUGAUGCUGCCGACAAGGGUGGAUUACAAAGGUACGACGUCGAGGAAGGAACGUUCAUUCAAGUCCCAGGUGCGGGAGCGAAGGCUAUGGUGAAUAAGAGGUUGGUCUCCGUAGGAACGAAAGCCUUUGUGGAGGAUGAGAAGCACCAAGACGUGCCAGCCGAGCUACUCAACUCCAACGAUAACCCAGGGCGCACGCCGGUGUUCGUCGGUAUCGACGGCAAAAUCGUGGGAGUACUGGAGAUGGAGGAUGAGAUUCGCAAGGACGCGAUGGAUACGAUCAAACGCCUUCAUGAUAAGAACAUUCAGACCAUCAUGAUCUCGGGUGAUCGACUCGAAACAGCGCAAGCCGUCGGAAAGUUGGUGGGCAUCGACGAGAGAUUCAUCUUCGGUGGUGUGAAGCCGGCUGGUAAGGCUGAGUUAGUGGAAGAAUUCCAACGUGAGGGUAAGCGCGUCGCCAUGGUCGGUGAUGGCAUCAAUGACGCCGCGGCACUGGCGCAGGCAGAUGUAGGGAUCGCCAUGGCGAGCGGCGUUGGCGCGGCGAGUGAAGUGGCCUCCAUCGUCUUGCUCGGUGACAGACUUCCACAAGUGAGCGAUGCGAUCGAUCUGAGCAGAGCAACGUUGAAUAAGAUCAAGCAAAACUUAGGGUGGGCGUUCGGGUACAAUCUGGUCGGCAUACCUAUCGCCGCCGGUGCACUUUUGCCCGCAUACGGCUUGUCCCUCACGCCCUCCGUCGCGGGCGCAAUCAUGGGGUUCUCUUCGCUCGGUGUGAUGGGCAACUCGUUACUACUCAGGAUGAAGGGUCGGGAGUUGUCAAAGGACGAGAGCGAAGGUGAUGAAAAAUAG